UUUGCAGCAGCAGAACAAUGCUGCCCCAACGUAUCCUGGCCCGGCGCCUCCCGCAGGUUGCCCUUCGCUCGACCAUCCCCCGCGCCUCAUUCUCACAAGUUCGUGCCCUCCAGGCCGCUGAACUCGACGAUCCUCUCCAGAAUGGCAACUAUCAGAACCCUCCCCGAGUAAAGCGUGCUACCAGAGACCCUUACGGCGAUUGGUGGGACAAGCAGGAAAGGCGGAAUUUCGGCGAACCUGUUCACGAGGAUAAUGAAAUUCUUGGUGUUUUCAGUCCCGAACAGUACAACCAUGUGACGCCGCGCAAGGGUCUGUUCCAGCUCGGUGCUUUCGUCGUCACCUUCCUGGGACUCUGCGGCGUUGUGAGCCUGUACUAUCCUGACAAGGCAAGCACUCCUAAGACAUACACAGAUGGUCUGGAGAAGGAGCUUGGUGGUGCCAAUGCUGUCACAGCUCGUAAGGACGGAGACUCCUGGUGAUCAAAUUUUGUUCUCAUAUGUAAAUAAAUACAAUGCGAUUUGUUUUCGGCGUCAAUCGAGUAUCUGGUUACCGAUAAGGAAGAAAGUUCCGUUCGUCUACCUAUUUGCAGUUGCUAGGGAUCUCUUGCCUUGGGGGGUUUCUUACAGGAAUACUUUCUGCCGGUGAUGUAGGAUUGAGGUUCGGUUAUUGCAGCUUCCAUGAUACGAACUGUUCUAAUUCGGAAUUCCCCCAACAGUUAAAAUAGGGCCAAAUGAUCCAGAAGGCGAGACACUUCACGAUAGAUAGCUGUAUAAUCAAGCCUUUUUUUUUUUUUUU